AGCGCAAUGCUUUAAAGUUUAACCUGUGAACAUACACUGUAAGCCGUAUGCCAAGAUGUUCCUCUUUAACAUCCAUUCAGAACAAAUAUGACGAUCAAAUCUGAACCUGGCAAGCUUGAACAAAAGCAAAUCAAAACUUCAGCAAGAGGUUAUACGUAUGGCUAUUAUACCUCUCCCGCUCAAGAUGGAAAGCCCACUUUGUUACUCUUACAUGGUUGGCCAGAUGAUUCUUCGCUUUGGUAUACGAUUGCGAACGAUGCUUUGAUUCCGAACGGAUACGGUGUCAUCGUUCCUGAUUGCUUGGGCUAUAGUCUUAGCGAUAAACCAGAUGAUUAUAAAGAGUACGAUUCAAAAGCGAUGGCUACCGAUUUUGCAGAAAUCAUCAAAACUGAAGGAAUAGAUAAAGUUAUCGUGAUUGGACAUGAUUGGGGAUCAGGGCUAGCCCAAGGAUUUUAUUUCUUUCAACCUGAACAUUGUUCAGCCUUGGGGAUGUGCAAUGUUGCCUAUAUCCCACCUUCAACACAAAAGAGGGAUAUCGUCGCAAUGAAUGACCAAUUUGAAAAGAUUUAUGGUUAUCGUUGUUUCAACUAUAUGUCUUGGUUCGCUUCAGAUGAAUCAGAUGCGAUUUGUGACGCACAUGUAGAAUCUCUAUUUCAUCUUUGUCAUGCAAAAGUGGACGAAAAUCAAGAUCCUACAAAAGGAAAUUUGUUCACCACUCCAGAUGGUAUCAAAAAGUUCAUACAAGCUGAUAUAAAACCCGAAACGCAUCCUUCUAUAACACCCCAAUUCAAAAAGCAUUGGAUAGAAAAAUUGACAGAAGGUGGUUUCCAUGCACCAUUUAAUUACUAUCGUAACUUUAUAAACAGUCAAGGCACACACGACAACAAAGCUGGACCAAAGGUGGACGUACCUACUCUCUUCGUAGGCUAUAGCGGUGACCUAGUCUGUCGUGCCGAAAACAUUCAGCCAAGCAUACAAGCUGGUCUGUUGCCAAAUCAUACAAAUACAAUCUUAUCAGGUGGACAUUGGGGAUUGCUUCACGAAUCGGAUGCUUUCAAUGAGGCUGUUCUAAAAUGGCUCAAAUCUUUGAAUGUCUAAGAUAGUUUCUAUAUCGAUAUAUUGUACAAUGAGAUUGUCGGAACUUUAUGUAUCAACCAGAAUGACAUCUUUGGGAUCAAUUAAUUGCUCCCGAUCAUCUUCAGGUAUGGGAUCGGCAGGUAACGAAGUGAUAGAUCUACGAACAGGAUGUUGUUCAUUCAAACGUGAGAUAAAUCCAGCCACUUCUUCGCAAAUCAUCAACGCUUCCUUUUUCCAUCCUGCAUAGUAUCCAAUAGCAAAAACAUCAUGUGGAGCAUGAGGCAUUUCAAAAUACUCCAACUUGUUUCCUUUGAUAUCUUGCAUUAUUUUAACGAAUGAUCUGAUCGUAUCACACAAGAUUUCUGCUCCUCCCGAUUGCACAUAUAUAGGCACUGUGGUUGAGAAUGGGUAUCGUACUGGUGAGAUAUAA